AUGUCUGCCCUACGGAUUCUAGUACCAGUGAAGCGAGUGAUUGACUAUGCUGUCAAGCCGCGAGUCAACAAGGCCCAGACGGGCGUCGAGACAGCCGGCGUCAAGCACUCCAUGAACCCCUUUGACGACCUCUCCGUCGAAGAGUCCGUGCGAAUCCGCGAGAAGAAGCGCGCCCCCGGCGGCGUCGAAGACAUUUGCGCCUUCUCAGCCGGGCCAUCCAAGGCGCAGGAGAUUCUCCGAACAGCCCUGGCCAUGGGCGCCGACCGCGCGGUGCAUGUCGAGAUCAAGGACGGCGAGGAGCUGGAGCCGCUGACAGUGGCCAAGCUGCUGAAGAAGUCGGUCGAGGAGCAGAAGAGCAACCUGGUCAUCCUGGGCAAGCAGAGCAUCGACGACGACGCCGGGCAGACGGGCCAGAUGCUUGCGGGCUUACUCAACUGGCCGCAGGCAACGCAGGCGAGCAAGAUUGAGUUUGGGGCGGAUGAUGCUGUGACUGUGACGAAGGAAAUUGAUGGCGGUGUGGAGACGGUCAAGGCGAAGCUGCCGAUGAUUAUCACGACGGAUUUGCGGUUGAAUACGCCAAGAUAUGCGACGCUGCCGAAUAUUAUGAAGGCGAAGAAGAAGAAGUUGGAUAAGAAGACGUUGGAAGACUUUGGGCUGACGAAUGAGAAGAGGUUGAAGGUCUUGAAGGUUACUGAGCCUCCUGUGAGACAGGGCGGUGGCAAGGUUGAGGAUGUAGAUGGCUUGAUUGGCAAGCUGAAGGAGCUUGGUGCUUUGUAA